AUGCGGCGCCUGUCGGAGAACCCGGAUUUGGAGGGCGUCACGCACGUCUUCGUCGACGAGGUCCACGAGCGGACCAUCGAGUCCGACUUUCUGCUAAUGGUCCUGCGCGACGUGCUCGCGCGGCGCGCGGACCUGAAGCUCGUCCUCAUGUCCGCGACGCUCGACGCGGACCUCUUCGCGAACUACUUCCCCGGCGACGUGCCCACGGUGUCGAUCCCGGGCCGCGCGUACCCGGUCGCGGCGCUCUAC